AUGCAAAACGACGACGUUUCGAUCGCCGUUGUCGAAAACGCGUUAUAGUUGGUCCGCUGUCGUGAAGCUGGAGAACCGGCGACGGGAAGGAGAGUAUAUCAGAAUAAAAAGAACGAUGAGGAUCCCGCCGUUGGAAUCGCUUCCGCCGACGAAAACUUUGGAGCUCGAGAACGGCCUCUCGCUUGUCCCGAGGGUGAAGCUCGAGCUGACGGUCCACCCGACGCCGUCCUCCGUCGCGAAGCAGAUCGACGAGUGGAAGCUGAAGCGCGCUCUGGCAGAGUUUCUGAAGAAUUCGCUCUCCGUGCCAAUCGAAGUCCCGGAAGAGGAUCUGGAGUUCCGGCGGUUCAAGGACCUGAAGAAGCGGAAGCGCGAGGAUCCCGUGGCGCACGGCACUCUGUCGAUUCGCGACUUAGGGUUCCUCAACAGGAAGAGGAGAGGCGACGAGGAUAAGGAGGAAGAUGCUAAGGAAGUCGAGAAUAAGUUUACGGAAUGGAGGAAGUACAUUGUUGAGAAAUUGGACGGAAUCGAGCUGAACCUGGAAGGUGAUCAGUUUAAGUUGAGUGUUGCUGUGCCGGCAUCGGAUGAUUUUCAAGGGAUGAAGAAGAGUUGGGAGGAGGCCUCCGCUUUUGGAAAUCGAGGGUUCUCAAGAGGAGGAAGGCAAGAACCAGAUACAAUUGUAGUAAGAGGGUUACCGUCUAGAUGGUUUGCGGAGCCAAGAGUUUCUUCCAAGCCUUCGAUGCUCGUUACCCAUACCAUUUUCUCGGCAUUUGGGAAGAUAAGGAACCUUAGUGUCGUUGAGGAUGACCAAGAUAAGGCUGCUGAUGGAAUAGGUGGGGGAGACAUAAUUUCAGGUCUGCACUGCAAGAUUGUGGUUCAGUUUGAGAAGCACACAGAUUUCUGCAAUACUCUUAGAAUCUUGUGUGGCCGCUCUUUGCAAAAGCAAGGAUCCAGAUUAAAGGCCGAUUAUGACGUUACCUGGUCCAAAGAAGGCUUCUUCCAAAAUGCAAGAAAUCAAGCGGUAGAAAAGAGUAGCCGGAUGCCAGCAACCUUGGGUGGACAUCAUAGAAAUGAACUCCGCAACAGGGUUGAACCGUACAUUUCGAGAUUCAAUUCUGAAGAUACACGGCGCAAGAGAUUCAAGGAAUGAGGAUGAUGAGCGAGAGGAAGGAAGAAAAGAAGGAUAGUGGAGUGUUGUGUAGCAGAUUUUCCUUCUGGUAUGAGAAUAUACACAGUUUCUGCUGACUUUUGUUGUACAAUGUAUCAAAUGCCUCUUGAGGGAAUAGCAAGUUUGCUCAUUUGGAUUUCAUUCAUUUUGUCAUUUAAAAUGAAAUGAAUUCUCGAUUCAUUUGAUACCAAACGAUCUAUUAAAGUCGGUGACCAUUAAGCAAGGAGUGUUGUGUAGCAGAUUUUCCUUCUGGUAUGAAAAUAUA